AUGGCUCAACGGGCCCUUCUUUUCUCUGCCUUGGUGGCAGCUGCACAUGCCCAGCAGGCUGGCACAUAUACAACCGAAACCCAUCCCUCUCUCACCUGGGAGAAAUGUACUGAUAGUGGUUGCACUGAGCAGGCUGGAUCGGUCGUUAUCGAUUCGAACUGGCGUUGGGUCCAUUCGACUGAUGAUUAUACCAAUUGCUACACUGGCAACACGUGGGAUGCGACCCUUUGCCCCGAUGACGCUACCUGUGCCACCAACUGCGCCCUGGAUGGUGCGGACUAUGAGUCUACAUACGGUGUGACAACUGAUGCAGAUGCACUGACUCUGGGAUUCGUCACUGGUUCCAACGUCGGUUCGCGUCUGUACCUGAUGGAAGAUGACAGCACUUAUCAGAUGUUCAAGCUUCUGAACAAAGAGUUCACCUUCGACGUUGACGUUUCCGGCCUCCCAUGCGGACUCAACGGCGCUCUGUACUUCGUUUCCAUGGACUCGGACGGCGGUUUAUCCCAGUACCCAAACAAUACCGCUGGUGCCAAGUAUGGCACUGGAUACUGUGAUUCUCAGUGCCCUCGGGACUUGAAGUUCAUCAAUGGUCAGGGUAACGUCGAUGGCUGGGUCCCCUCGACCACCGACUCCAAUUCUGGUAUUGGCAACCAUGGCUCCUGCUGCGCAGAAAUGGACAUCUGGGAAGCGAACAGCAUUUCCACCGCUUUGACCCCUCACCCUUGUGAUACAGCCAGCCAGACAAUGUGCGAAGAAGAUGACUGUGGCGGCACAUACUCAAGCAGCCGCUACGCCGGAACUUGUGACCCAGACGGAUGUGACUUCAACCCCUACCGCAUGGGCAACACCAGCUUCUUUGGACCCGACAAGACAGUCGACAGCAACUCGAAGAUGACCGUCGUCACACAAUUCAUCACUGACGACGGUACUGACACCGGCACGCUCAGCGAGAUCAAGCGUAUCUAUUUGCAGGAUGGCGUGAUUAUUGCCAACGCGGCCUCGGAUAUUAGCGGCGUAUCUGGUAACUCGAUCACGUCGGACUUCUGCACAGCUCAGAAGACCGCGUUCGGGGAUGAGGAUAUCUUUACCCAGCAUGGUGGCAUGUCUGGCAUGAGCAAGGGCUUGGAGCAGGGCAUGGUCCUCGUUUUGAGUUUGUGGGAUGAUCACUAUUCCGAUAUGCUCUGGUUGGACGGUGAUUACCCGACUGACGCAACGGCCUCGGACCCUGGUGUUGCUCGUGGUACUUGCACGUCUUCGUCUGGUGCGCCGAGCGACAUUGAGUCUGCUUCUGCAUCGGCCAAUGUUGUCUUCUCUGGUAUCAAGUUUGGUCCUAUCGGAUCAACCUACUCUUCGUAA